UUGUCCGAUAUCUUCGUCAGUCGGUAAUUAUUCUCCUUAAAGACCCACGUAUAUUGCAACAUGAUGACUUGAUCACCAACUCAAAUCUAAUAACACGCGAAGACACGCUAUUAAUAUGCCUCAGAUACACACAGUGUCUGUGAAAAACCAAAGGACAUACUUCGCAAGUCUUGUAUGUAUUGGAUUAGUUGUUAUUUUAUUUCAGUGUUUCCUUCUUAAGAUUGUAAUUGUCGGGACACCACGAAGUAAACCAGAAAACCCUAUUGUUCACUCAGUCCUGUACUUUAACCCCCCUUCUCAUGUUGAUCCCCAACAAUGGAGAUUUUCAACAUGUCGUAUUCCUCAUUGCCGAUUUACAACCAAAAGAAGAGAGCUGAACACAAGCAAAGCAGUUAUAUUCCACCAUACCCGGAUGCCGGAUUACCCUCCUCCCAAACCAAAAGACCAGAAGUGGAUCUUCACAUCCAAAGAGAGUCCAGUUUACACGCACAACACCAGUUUGUUACGUGAAUGGAACAAAAAAUUUGAUUGGAUAAUGUCCUACCGGAAGGAUGGGGACUUCUAUGACGGAUAUGGAGAUCUCGUGCAGCGGGAACAUUCCAUCAAUAAAAAUUAUUCCGACAUAUUUUCUCAUAAAAAAUUAGACGUGUCUUGGGCAGUAAGCAAUUGCAAAUCUCACAGUCAGCGAGAAGUGUAUGUGAGAGAAUUGAUGAAGUACAUUCCAGUCACUGUUUUUGGCAAAUGUGGAAACAGGUAUUGUGGUCCAAAGACGGACGAUGAGAAUGACCCUUGUCUCCAUGUUGUCUCGCAUAAUUUCAAGUUCUAUCUGGCGUUUGAAAAUUCCUUGUGUGAAGACUACACGUCUGAAAAAUUCUAUUUUAUUUUCCUCUACGAUAUGCCCGUUAUUCCGGUGGUACGCGGAGCUCUAAAUGGUAAGAUAAAACUUCCCCGAGGAACAUUUAUUGACACCAACGACUUUAAGUCGCCACAGCUUCUUGCAAAGUAUCUCAAAGAAGUGGGAGACAGUAGUGAAGAGUACAUUAAAUUACUGAAGAAAAAGGAUGAAUAUGUAUCCAGGAGUAUGUCUGAAAUUUUUCAAUCAGCACUUUGUAAUUUAUGUGAGAGACUUCAUUUUGAUAAUAGUACGUCAGAGGCGUAUGACAUGAAAGAAUGGUACUUUACAGAUCAGUGCAAAGAACCAACUGAUUUGAGUUUUUAA